GUAGGGCGGAGUGUUUGGAAGCCCGCGCCUUGUAAUUUUAUGAUCGUGUUUUUCAGACAGACAGCAAGAAUGUCGUCCACGGCCACGUCCAUUAGAAUUAGAAUUUCAAAUUCAUGGCAAGGCUGGCAGGAAGUAAAGAAUAUAUAUGAUGGGGAGUUAAGAGCUAUUGACGAAGCUUUAAAAGUGCGGAAACGUGUACACAAAUUACAGUCUUCGUCCCACGAUGAUUUUGCAAAUCACUUGCUCGACGUCCACCGCAACUGGUGCGAGGCGUGCCCUACCCCAGGCGGCCGACGAGGCGGGCGGGAGGAGAGGUCAAGCGCCGGUGUUUCAGAAUCGUCAACCACCUCCGCCGGUACUGACGUCAUCGUGCUAAAUCCGAAUUCCCAAUCUAUGGCAUCGUCAAAAAAUAGAUUGGUAGGUACAACGAAGAAAGACCAAGCAACCCAAACCAUUCAAGAUGUAUUCAGCUGCUGCCACUGUGGUCUACCUCAACUCGACAAACCCAUGCCACCAUUAGCAAGGAUACAACCUGCAAGUCAACAUCUUGUUGGCUCCCAGCCGACCAUAUCUGGUCAACAGACAGUUCUUUUGGCGCCUGGAGUAAGGAUUCAACAGCAGACUGUUAAGCGUAGCGAUGACAUUAAUCGUCCUUCUCCUCUCCAGGGCGUGCCUUCCACCGUUAAAGUCAUCAAGGUUAUUAAAUCGAAAGGAGGAGUUCAGGGACAACAGUCGGGCACUAGUUCUCAAGCUGUGACAAAUGUAAUGCCAAGUGGUCAUCUGCUACUUGGAACCCCAACAGGGUCAUCUGUGUCCUCAGUAGGUGCUGCCACAGGUUCGGGUAAGAACCUUCGAACGAUAGUUGUGAACGUGCCUGCUACAAAAUCAUCAGGAUUUCUCAGGAAUGUCCCAACGGCUCUUAACAAACUGUCAACAUCAUCAGUAUUGCGUCCUGUCAAGCAAAGGUCAAAUCUGGUUGAUCCAUUGUCUUGUGGUGGCAUCGGUAUCUCUGAAUCAAUUCCAGUGGUGAAGACCGAACCGCCUGAAGACCUUGAGCAGUUGCGUGGUCCAAUGUUCAGUCAAACCAAAUGUGUUGACGAAAACGAUGACGAUGAGGAUCACGUCUACGAUGAUGGUAACAUAAAUCUGGACCACGAGACAGAACUAGAGUCUACCAAAAAGGUGUGUGAAUUGGUAGAUCAUCCUGCGACGGUUACCGUGAAAGAGGAAGUUUUGUCCGAUGUAGAACAACCUGACACAAAGCUUUCUGAGGAGGAGGAAUUCCUGUAUGAUCCCACGCAGGAUCAAGGAAGCAAUGCCGGGCAGUCUUCUGGAACUGGAGGGCUUGAAGAAGAAGAGAAAGCAGAUGCUGAAAUGGAGGAUGAAGAGGAGGAUGAGGAAUACAAUGAACUGGAAGACGAGAUGGAAGACGAAAUGGAAGACGAGGAGGAGAUCGACUAUGAAAAACAGGAGAAGGCUGACCCUACGUAUGAUCCUACAAGUAGAAGAGGCAAAUCUUCGGUUCUGCGUUCAAAGAAAGGCAAAGUUAAUUCAGAUCCUGUGUACACGAGUUCUGAGGAUCACGGUAGCCUUCAAGAGGAUCCUGGAAGGGAUGGAAACAAUGGUGUUGGGUUUCCAGAUAAGCCAGGACGAUUCAGGAAAGGUUGGAGUCGCAGGGGUUCUCGUAUAGGGUUUCCAUACCCAGCCAAUUGCCCUCUCAUGUGUUCUUACGUUUGGAAAUCUGCCGCCGAUAAAACCAGCCACAUGUCAAGCCACCUGCCUACAGAUCAGGGUCGGGAAGCCUUCAAGGAGGCUAUUGAAUCUUUGGAGAAGAGGAUCGGCAACGAGUACACGCACAACAUGGGAUGGUGUGAUGAGUGCGAUAAGUUCAGCGCGUGUCUCCCGUCUCACCUGAAGAGCGUCCACCGAAGACGGGACAAGCUGUGCCCGCAAUGUGGAAAGAUGAUCAGGGUCGGCGCAAUGAAGAGCCACAUGCUGUCCCACGUUCAUGUCGAUGAGAAGGACUACGCCCAGUGUCCGAUGUGCCCUGCAAGGGUGAAGCAUCGAGAAUACCUGAAGCAACACAUGAGCCGUUGUCACUUUGGAAAUGAUGAAAGGAGUUUCACGUGCUCGACUUGUGGGAAGAAUUUCAGGUCCCAGCAUGCUCUCAACAAACAUGUAGUCAUUCACAGUUCUGUAAAACCGUUCCCGUGCACCGAGUGCGACAAGGCAUUUAGUCAGCAAAGCAACCUGAAGAUCCACAUGCGACAGCAUACGGGACACAAGCCGUACGGAUGUGAGAUCUGCGAGGCCAGUUUCACCAAUAAAGUCAGCUUGAAAAACCACAAGAAGAAACUUCAUGGCAUCGACUGGUGGAAAGACAGAGAAUCGUUGAAAGAUGAUGAUCUUGAGACAACCGAGAGUCUGACCUCAUAAAAAAUGAUUCUCCAGCAUGAUCUUGGCGAAGAAUGUCUUGAAGGCCUGACAUCAACUUAAAUGAGAGUGACGACAGUCUUGAAUUUACAUCUAGCAGUGAAGAGGACAAACCCCGUCGAAGGAGAAAA